GACUACAUUGUUCAAAGAAUGAUGCUGGUUCUACUGUAUCUCCUGGUGCUCCUCAUCCCUGGAGGCUCUCCUGCUGGAGAGUCUCAUCUGAUUGGUUCACCUGACCCCAUCGUUGCUGUAAAGGAUGAUGAUGUCAUCCUGCCGUGUUUCCAGGAACCUCCCAUCAAUGCAGAGAACCUGACAAUAGCAUGGACCAGACCUGACCUGAACCUGAAUGUACAUUUCUAUCAGGAUGGUCGUAACUUACCAGACCAGAUUAAUCGGUCUUACAAAUACAGGACCAUGCUGUUUGAAGAUGAACUGGUCAGGGGCAACGUCUCCCUGAAACUCUUCUAUGUGAGGCUGGAGGAUGAGGGGAGCUACACCUGCAAGGUUGUUAAGGACGGAAAGGUUAACAAGACUGUUAUCCAGCUCAGUGUUGUGGUCAUCUGUAAACCAGAGGUCUCCAUCCAGGGACACAGCGGCACAGGGGUGGCUCUCCAGUGUGAGUCUGGAGGCUGGUACCCAGAACCUGAGCUGGAGUGGAGGGACAGUGAGGGACGCCUCCUCCCUGCUGAUGUCACACAGACACACAGACACCCAGACCCCGGCCCUCACCAACGCUACACUGUGACAAGCAACGUGACUGUACAGCAGACAGACACCAACAGGUUCACCUGCAGGGUUCAUCUGCAGGGACUCAACCAGAUCAUGGAGACAGAGAUCCAUGUUCCUGAUCACAGUUUUCAUCCUGAGGAACAUGAACGAUCCCAGUCCAAAAAUGAACUGUAGAGACCAAGAAUCUGUCAUCAUCUCCAUCAAGAACCAGCAGCAUGAACCAACCAGCGUUCUUGAGUCCCUGUGUGUAGGUUGGUGUGUGUGUGUGUGUGUGUGCAUAUGUGUGUGUGUCAGUAAGUUUGUUAAUAAUAUGGAACUGAGAAGCAAACGUGUCUAGUCAGGAGAACAGGGUCCUUGACUCUGACCACUGAAACACUGUUAGAACUCUGUACUUCUGAUCCUCUACUGUUCUAUAGGCACUGUUAGAACUCUGUACUUCUUAUCCUCUGCUGUUCUAUAGGCACUGUUAGAACUCUGUACUUCUGAUCCUCUGCUGUUGGAUACGAGUGUCAGAACAUGUAAAUGAUACAGUUAUCACAGAAUAAUGCCUUAUCUCAGCUUGUGCUAAAUCUACCUGUUGUUUGUUUCAGUUAAAUGGGUGAUUCAGCAUGGAGACUGCUUGCUCUCCUUGUUUCACUUCAUCUCUUAUGUUUCUGAAUUUUGCACUUUUGAACUUCUGCUUUUGUUCUUACCCUGUGUUAUUUAUUGUUACGCAUCAUCAUCAGUCAGGUGACCACCUGUCGUACGCAUCAUCAGUCAGGUGACCACCUGUCGUACGCAUCAUCAGUCAGGUGACCAUCUGUUGUACACAUCAUCAGUCAGGUGACCAUCUGUUGUACACAUCAUCAGUCAGGUGACCAUCUGUUGUACGCAUCAUCAGUCAGGUGACCGUUUGUCGUACACAUCAUCAGUCAGGUGACCACCUGUCUUCCCGACAUUGGAAGAUGUGUCCCACAAGCCAUAAGUAGUGUUCUGCAUUUAAAUGUUGUCUGUAUAAUUUAUUAGGGUUCCUCCGGUAGAAGGAAACCUAUUGUUUUUGUUAGUAUUCUUAUUACCCUAACCCGCAAAAUCAGGUCUGCUGACCUGCAACAGAGCGAUAGCCAGUUGGUCACCCUAAUCACCUGUCAUGUAGAGUUGUGUCCAGCAGGGGGAGAUGGUGAGACUGUCUCACUGUAAAGGAAACAAUGAAUGAUUUUACUGUCAAAGGCAUCAUCAUCAUUUUUACAAUCUCAUUUUUAACUGCGUAUACUGAAUAUAUGUUUAAAUAUAUAUGUGUAUGUAUGUGUGUGUGUUUGUAUAUAUAUACAAACUCAAUAAAAUGUUCA